CUGGUAAUUUUCUCGGAAAGAAAAAAAACAAAAAAGAGUAUAAAUAAAUUUGAGAAUAAUUCUUAUUGGGUAAGAUUUUUUUCCUCUCAAUUAUCUUUCAGUUAUGUUUACAGAAGAGAAAACUCAGAGAGUAAUGCAAGUAGUAGAACAAGAACAGUAGAAAUUUGCUCUUUUUAAAUUACACUUAAGUUACACUUAUCUGUGUUCUUGUUUGAGCUGGUUCUUCUUCUGUACAAAAUCUUGGAUUUUUUUCAUCUUCAGUUGGUGAUUUUGAGCAAAGGGUUUUCAUAAUUUGUUGACAUUUCAGUUCUACCAAGGAAUUUCUCAGCUGGAGGUACUUUUGUUUGUUUAAGGGUGUUUGAGGCUUCAAUUGUGGUGUAGAAGAUGUUAGUUGCACGAAGAGACGAGAUCCGCUUAUGUUGAACUGAAAUGAAGCAUUUGGAGGAGCCACUGAGCAUGCCAGAAAUACAACCCUCGGGGCAAGAUUCGCAUGAAUCGCAAGGUGAUGAACAAAAUACUCCCGCAAACGAUACUCCUGUAGCUGACUCGGGUUCUGUAUCGAUUUCAAGCAAUGAUUCACGGAAGGUUUCUCAGAAAGAUAUUGUACUUGUCCAGAAUUUGAUAGAACACUGUCUGCAGUUAUAUAUGAACAAAGAUGAAGUUGUGAAGACACUCUUGAAUCAAGCAAAAAUUGAGCCCGCGUUUACCGCUUUAGUGUGGCAGAAAUUGGAAGAGGAGAAUGCAGAUUUUUUCAAGGCGUAUUACACAAGGUUGAAACUUAAGAAACAGAUUAUUAUGUUUAAUCACUUGCUCGAGCAUCAAUACCAUCUUAUGAAGUAUCCAGCACCGCCUAAGUUACCGUUGGCUCCAAUGCAGAAUGGGGUACAUCAUAUGCCUGUUAAUAAGUUACCUAUGGGAUACCCGGUGCUACAGCAACCUCCAAUGCCAGCAGCUCAUCAGUCCCACCUUGAUUCCAUGGGUCAUGGGCUUUCAAGCUGUCACGUCGUAAAUGGAGUUCCUGCACAUAGCAAUUUCCAUCCAAUGCGGAUGAAUUCUGGAAGCGAUAUGGGAAUGGAGAGCACUUCCGCUUAUGCAGCGCCAACUAUUCCCCCAACUAGUACCAUGUCAUCCAUGUCGGAGAUGGCCAUGAGCCCUGCAUCAGUAGCGUCCAACGGCCAGUUUCCAUUUACUCCGUCAGAUAUAUCAGGAAUGGGUGUGGAAGCAUCAGUACUUGAUAACACAUUUCAUUCUGAUAUUGGGAGUUCAGUCGGGUUGCAGUUGGGACUAGACAGCGGAGAUGGGAACGGAAAUGAUUCCCUCCGAUCAUUCGGCCAAAUUCCUUGGAAUUUCAGUCUUUCAGAUCUUACUGCAGAUUUAUCAAACUUGGGAGACCUUGGAGCGCUAGGAAACUAUCCUGGUUCACCUUUCCUGCCUUCUGAUUCAGACCUUAUGCUCGACUCUCCAUCACACGAGGAUUUAGUUCAGGAUUUCUUUGUCGAUAAUCCAGUACAAGGAUCUCAGUCGGAUGAAGAGAAACCUGACAUAUAGGGGCAGGUUCUGUUUCUUGGUUCUUCUUUUUGUAUUCUGGAUUAUGUGAGUCAACCACUUAGAUAUAGACGUACUAUCAUAAUAAUGUCGAAACGCUGAUCCGUUUAGGAAUAUAACCAUUCAGUAAUUUUUAUUGCUGUCAGUACGUAAUAGGUUCAAUUUUAAGGUAAUGCAUUAUGUUUAAUGCAAGUGAAUCAGAUAUAACUGUAUUAAGAUUUUGUAAUUUCUUGGUCUUAUGAUUUUCCUCGAACACUGGAUAACUUGCAAAUUCUAAAUAAUACCAGCCAUAAAUCCUGAGUUGGAUAUAACAACCUUUAGAAACAGUUUUCUCACAAA